UGGUAUUCUGGUUGGGUUUGUUGUUUUUUAACUACUGUUCAGUUUGCCUUUUCUCGUGUGUGUUUUGGCUACAUAAUUGUUUCGUUCGUUUUCUGUUUUCAACAUUUUUUUUUUCAACUCCUUCAUCAUAGUGAAAUAAAUAGGGAUUUAUUACCGACACAGAAAAAAAAACAACACACAACGCAUUGACUAGAAUCAGUGUGGUGUAGAAUUUAACGCGAACAGAAAACAGAAUUGAGAAGAAAAAAGAAACAAAUAAACAUAAAAACUAAAAUUCAAUAGUCUCCAUGCUGAAAUUGCGAGUGUGAAAAUAGAACAAACAUUUGAAAUCGCUGAAAAAUAGUGAAUUUAUCGAUAUUUUAGAUGUCGGUUUAUUUUCCUUCCAGAGGCUACUCGUAUUCUCUCUUCACUUUUAUCAACGGUGCGGUGGGUGUGUGUGUAUAUAUACACGUAAAUUUGGAGUGUUUGAUUUCAACAGUCCGUAGACAAAGACAAUUUAUCAUCGAAUAGCAUUUAUUUUGGAUAUUUUUUUUGUGUUUCUCCUUUUAUUGUUGUUUUACGCUGAGCGUCGAUUAAUUUGAAGGUAAAAAAAACAACAAAUUCAAACCAAAAGUGCAUUCAACUGCAAGAACGAUAGCGAGUAAAUUCAAUUGAAAAUAUGAAUUACGAAAACGUGUGAAUUAAAUCAGUAGUAUUUUGCGUACGUGAUUGAAAGAAAAAAGAUUGAGGUGCGAAAAUUGGAGCCAAUCGACAAGUCGAUUGUGACGUAAGUGAAUUGCUUCAAUUUGCAUGAGAGAUUUAAAAAAAUGUCGAAUCUACCAAGUUAUAAUUCGGCAACCGCUAGUCUUAUGACUGAAUCAGAUGAAACGAUUAGUAUGCAAAACAACAACGUAACAAACCAUCAACAAGAAUUACAAAUGCAACAACAGCCGCAACAACAAAAACAACAAAUGCAGCAGCAGCAACAACAGCCCCAAAUUCCAUACCACGAUCCGCCUUAUCUAAUUCGCAAUUCACGUGCAUUUCGUCACUUUAAAAACCCUCCGCAACCGCAUAUGUGCAUCAAAGACCGUACAGAUGAUGGUCAAGAGCUCUUCAUAAACGUAAUGAGCUGGACGAAAAUCUGUAUGCCACACUCUGAAACUGAUCCAAUACCAUUAUGGGGCGGCAUGAAAGUUGUGUCAGGUAGUCUAAAAUCACCACCAUUAAUGUUUGCCGUCAUGGCAAAUCCAGCCAUUUUAAAACAUGUUGGAAGAAAAUGCUCAGAUGCUGAGGUAUUUACUCACUUAGAAAAGGAGAGAUAUGCACUCGUCAAAUUAAUGUGUGAUUUUGUUGAAGCAAUGAAUCCCGGACUCAAAUUAUCCAGAGAUGCGGAGAUUCUGAAGGAUCGUGAUUUGUCGGGCGAAUUAAAAGAUAUCUGGGGUGCAGUUCAAGCGAAAAGAUUGCGUGAAAAAGAUUCGGCUCCAUCAUAUGAAAGCUAUUUAGCCUCGCAGAAUCAGGUUUACAUCGAUUUUGGGCCGGCCGAUGUACCAUAUCAAUUGGAACGAGUCAGUGAACCACAACAGCAACAACAGCCAAUUCAACCGAUUAAGAAUGGCAAAGAACAGUCAAAACAUCAAUCAAACAGUGUCUUAAAUGUGGACGAAGUUGACAAUAAUAUUCCGCAACAAAUACUCGACAGUCAUCAGAAUAGUCUCAAUGCGCUCGAUAAUAGUCCAGAGAUGGCGAGCAAUAAUCGUAAUACAAUUGAAAAUAAAUAUAUUCGUGUGACAAAGCCUUUGACGUCGCCACCGCCACCGAUCAAUCCGACGACGACGACGACAACGAUGCCAAUGAUAACAACAACGACCGACAGUGAUUCCAAUAAAAACGAUCGACAAUUGACGAAAAAGGAUAAGCUUAGCGGUUUUCUUCCAAAUAGUUGCCAUAAUAUAUUUCCAUUCAUCAAAACCAAAUCGAGCGGCCACGAUAAAACAAACGCGCACAAAGAGAAAAACGACACAAACCAAAAAGAUCAGCACGCAAUGCAACAGCAACAGCAACAAAGUAACAAUAUAACACGUAAAAUACUACACAGUAGCAAAGAUAACAAUAAGCUCAUACAGAACAAAGACACUGCCAAUUUAGAAAGUGAAAUUAGAAAUUUAGACAUUGGUAAAAGCAACAUAAUAUAAAAUUAAGAGAAUUCAAUUUGCUCUUUCUAUAACUUGGUGCGAUAGCAAUAUGUAUAACAUUUGAUAAAAAAUCGAGAUUGACGCGCGUUCGAUCGUUUGUUCUCCUCACAAACAUUUGAUAUGUGCUUCGUAUACGAAACAACUAUGUGAACCGAUGCGUAUUCGAACCAAUAAUCAGUCAGUUUGGUUUUAUUUGUUUAUAUUCACAUUGCAUUUUCCUUACAUUUAUUUUUCUCGUUUUUCGAUUAUUUGGCUAGCCCAGGGACAAAAUGCUUGUUGUGUCCAUAAAAAAACCAUGAAAAAAAUUAAAAAGGCAAAGAGAACAAAACAAUGCAUUUACCAAAGAAUGUUUUCCCCAAAUAUUGAAUCAACGAAACACCUCCAACGAGCUAGCUAAACAUUUCCAGAUUUUUAUGGUAUUAGUUUUACAUUGAUCUCACAUUAGGCAUUUCGUUAGUUUUCGCUUCAAUUUCUUUGAAACCAACCUUAUUAGGGCCAACUUUUUUUUGUAACGCACACACAAACUAGUAGAAACGUGACGUCUUCUUGGCUCUCGCGAUCAGAUAAAUUGCCUAUCGGUGAAAAAGUAUUAAAGAAAAUUUUAUAUUAUGAUACAUGAUUCGAACAAAUCGAAUCGAACUUUCGUGUGUGCUUCCCAAAAUUCAAAAUCAGAUGAAUAAAAGCCAAUAGAAUGAAAAGAAAAACUCAUUCCGAGUCAAUUUAGAAUAUAUUGACUUCGGCCACAUAUUAUUACAAUUAAAUGAUGAUGUGUGUGUGUUUGUGUGUAUAUGUUUUCGCGUUAAGCCAUUUUGCUGUACAGUUUAAAACGAACAAAAUUGGUUGCUGGACUCGUAUUUUACAUGUCACAUUUCUGUAAUCAUUCAUUCUUAUUAUAAUACCGAUGCCAUAUUUGUUAGCUAUAAGAAUGAUCGUUUUCUAAAGCAUUGGUCAAAGGAAAGGAAAAGAAUCCAUUUUGAAAUGAGAAUUUGAGUUAGGAAGAAAAUUAAUUUUUUUGGAGAUAAUUUUUCUUUAUUAUUUUCGCAGAAAAUAAGAACAAA